UGAUGCAUUCAAGUGAGCCCGGAAGUGGCUCGCGGAGGGGUCGCGCGGGCGGCGCAUCGCUACCUGGCUGCCUGACGUCCACCUCCGCGGCACUUUGGGAAGUGGCCCAGACUUCCUGGUACACAUGGCCGGCCAGGGAAGGACCCGUGCCGGAGUCGAGUUGAACGCAAGGUCAUGAGCGCCUCGAGGAAGGAGAAAGUGGAGAACGAGCGCACCCGUCCGGAGAUCGGCCCGGCGCGCCCCACCCCCGCGCUCCUAUCAUGACGACCGACGGCGAUCAGGAUGCCGCCGUGAAACUGGAGCAGGAACGGGCCGCCAUUGUGGCCAAAUACGCAAAGGGCAAAGAGGCCACCGUGGAGCCCUGGGAGGACGUCGACUUCAACCUGUACAAGGUCACCGACCGCUUUGGCUUUGUGCACGAGAAGGAGCUCCCGUCCUACGACGCGGCGGAGGAAAAGCACAAGCAAACGGAGGGGCGGAGGACACCCAAGUGGCUGAAGAUGCUGAAGAGUUGGGACAAGUACAAGAACAGCGAAAAGCUGGCGCGGAGGGUCUACAAGGGAAUCCCGCUGCAGCUGCGGGGCCAGGUCUGGUCGCUGCUGCUGGACGUCCCCCAACUCAAGGAGGAGAAGAAGGACUUCUACGAGAAGCUGAAGGCCACAGCCGAGGGCUCGUCUCCGGACGUGCGCCAAAUCGACCUGGAUGUCAACCGCACCUACAGGGAUCACAUCAUGUUCAUGCAUCGCUACGACGUCAAGCAGCAGGCCCUGUUCCACGUGCUGACGGCCUACUCGGUGUACAACAAGGAGGUGGGCUACUGCCAGGGCAUGAGUCAGAUCACGGCGCUGCUGCUCAUCUACAUGAACGAAGAAGACGCCUUCUGGGCGCUGGUCAGGCUGCUGUCAGGACGCAAGCACGCCAUGCACGGCUUUUUCGUCCCCGGCUUCCCCAAGCUGAUGCGCUUCCAGGAGCACCACGACCGCAUCCUGAAGAAGAUGAUGCCCAAGCUCAAGCGUCACCUGGACGGCCAGGAGGUCCUCGCCAGCCUGUACACCAUGAAGUGGUUCUUCCAGUGCUUCCUGGACAGAACCCCCUUCACUCUCACUCUCAGGAUCUGGGACAUCUACAUCCUGGAGGGCGAGAGGACUCUUCCCGCCAUGUCCUACACCGUCCUCAAACUGCACAAGAAGCACCUGCUGACGUUGACCAUGGAGGAGCUGGUGGACUUCCUGCAGGUGACCUUGUCCAAAAAUUUCUUUUUCCACGACGACUUUGUGGUGGAGCAGCUGCAAGUCUCCAUGGCGGAGCUCCGAAGGGCCAAGUUGGAGCUGCCCGCGCCAGGUCGAGAUGAUGAGUUCCCCAAGAAGCCUCUCGGGCAGCUUCCCGAGAUGGAAGUGAACCACGUGGCCAACGGCCAGAGCCACGCCGAGCCGGCCGAGCCCCCGGAGCCACCCGCUCCGGUGCCGAGUCGCUUCCGCCGGGACUCGCCGGACAAGUCGGUACGCCGGCGUAAGGCCGCCGACGCCGGGGACGGUCACCUCAAGGUGGCCUCCAACGGGCUGCGCUUGCCAGAACGGGGGGCCGCCACGCCCACUCCCGGGCCGCAGAGAGACGGCGUCGCCAACCGCAACCACGACCCCAACGUCGGUCCUCGUUGGUUCAAACCCUCCGAGACCAAGCUGGAAGCGGCCAAAGCCAUGGCGGCCCGAGAGAACCGGCAGAAGCGGGCAGCGGCGGUGCCGCCGCCGUCUCCCGCCCCUACCCCAGCCCACGACGGCCAGGAUGACGACCGGCGGGCCGAGCGCGGUUCCAACGCCUCCCAGUACGACAAUGUACCGGGACCGCUGGAGCCGGAGUUUGAGAUCCUGGAGCUGGAGAGACCCCCGACCAGGAUGCGAACUCCUCAGAAUGAGACGCCCUCGUACGACGUGGCGGCCAGAGUCGCCGGGUACGGCGGGAAUGUGCUUCCGGCGCCGUCUGAAUCCAGGAUGCCCUCGCACCCUCCUGCGCCGUCGUUUGCCCACCAUCAGCCAGCGGGAGUCCACACCCGCUUCCCCAUAAAUCAAAACCACUACCAGGCCCCCACUCAGGUCCCCUUAUUCCACCCAGGGUUGAGACACUACAACGCGGCCGCCAGGGAUCAAACCUAUGCCACGACCAGGCGACCGGCCGGCACCAUCUCCCCGGAGCGGGCCCUCAUGGACUACGUGGCGACCCGCCGCAGGGAGCCGCCGCCCGACCGCCGCAGUCCUAGACCGCCACCCUUGCAGCUGGGGAGCCCCGCCGCCCCCAUCUACCUGCAAAAGCUCACCUCCGCCGCUCACGUCCACGGCGCUUUGGACUACAGAUUCGAGGGGCGCGCCGAGUACCCCCCGGAAGGGCGGAUCCCCGGGUCCCGGUGGGGCCCAGAGGAACCGCCCCCGCCGCAGUCCCCAGGCGGGAUGCCUCGCUCGCCCAGCUUCCAGAGAGCCCAGAUGUCUCCCGUGGACACGUUUGAGUUCCCGGAGGAUGAAGGCGGCGGGACGCGGCGGGGGUUCAUGCCCCAACAGCUCCCCCGCCUGUUCGGAGGGAAGUACUACAGGCACGCGCAGGAGGCCUUCGCCAUGCAGGAGUCCAUGCUGCUCUGACCGCAGGGAAGGCUGCUCGAGCGCCCGCGCUCGCGUACCGCUUGGCUCUUUGUGCACUUCAGUGCACUGGCAGGACGGCCAUUUCCUUCUCGCCGUGUUUUUUCCACUACUGACUUGGGCAUGAAUGCUCAGGCCGCUUCCCAUGCCGGAGGCAAAUCAGAGACGCGCCAGCCUCUUACCAAUUUACUUUCCGCUAAUUUAAAACUUACAAAGAAAGGCUGAAGAUUGAAUUUUAUUUUGGAGUGCCAGUCUUAACAAGAGGCACGUUUGUGUGUGUGCGCGUGUGUGUUGAGGGAGCGAGAUGGCUAUAUCUUUUUAAAGUUGCAUAUGCGUUUGUCAAUAUUCUUACAGAUGAAAAGUGAGCCUCCAUCUUUAUUUUUUUGUUACUAGUACAAAUUGACACUGGAGCUCAGUUAACACCUACUAGGAUUUACUUGCAAGCAAAGGAAGGAACUCAAGUUCGCCGCGACUCGCGAGAGGACAUUUUCAAACACCUCCAUUUUUUUUGUUUUUGAUUACAACGCGUUGAUCCCUGAUGAACUGAUGUGCAAUUUUUUGGUUUGUUUUAAUGCACUGUGACUACUGGACCGUGAGGCCGCCGUCUUUUUUGUUGUUGUUGGAUACAAACACAAACUACAUUUGUGAGGGCUAAUAUUCAGUUUUUGUGUCUGGUGGCAUCGCUACAUUUAUAAUGUAACUUAGAUGCUGUUAUUUUGUUUUGUUUUUUUAAUAUGUAUAAUUGACAUUUGUUACUCAUGUUUGUCUUUGAAGAUGCUCUAAUCUUGACUUGGACAAGUUGCAGUCAAAGUUUGUGUGAACUCGCGUUAAGGUAUUUUCUCGACGCUGUCAAGUGGAUUACUGUCUUGCGGAAAGACAAAAUGCGACGGUGACGCAUUUGAAUGCUGCGUCUUGUUUCGGCUGUCUGACAUUGCUCAAGUUUUCUUUGUCCGAAGACUAACUGCACACAUGCAUUUGAAUAUUUUUGCGGAAUAAACAAAGUUGAAGUGGAAAA